GUCGUUCUACCUGGUUCGUUAAUGUUGGGCGGCGGCCAUCAUUUUUCAUUGAGCACUAACUAAACAUACAUGUAUGUCCGAGUCGGAGCCGCCGUGAGAUCAUGGAGUCGUCGUCGUCAGUUGUCAUCUUCGGCGGUGGCGGAAGAUGGAAAAUGGCUUACACUGCCACCUGUGAGUACUACUGUAAACACUUCCUCCUCUUCGACUUCGACCCCUGCCCUGAAAUGGGUUAUUCGAUGUUGCCCUGAAUUACCUAAAACCCUUAUUCAUAAACUCUUUCGUCUAAAACAGGUUCGAAUGCUCCCACGACAACAAGAUGAUAACAAAUUCAAAAGGGUAACACCUAAGGAUACUUUGAACUCAGGAGAUCGUAUAUUUCUUCCCAAUUCUGUUAAACAACAAAUUCCUCUUACUCCUACACCCCCCAAACAUGAAUCUCCCCUCACUCUCACUGCUAAACAAAUAAACUUCAUUCGUUCUCUUGUUAUCUAUAAAGAUCCUCACAUUCUUGUUCUAAACAAACCUCCUGGAAUGCCAGUGCAGGGUGGCAUUAAUAUCAAACUGAGUUUAGAUGCUGUUGCUGCUCAAUCUUUAAAUUAUGAUUACUCUCAACCUCCUCGUUUGGUCCAUAGACUAGACAGAGACUGUUCUGGAAUUCUUGUCAUGGGAAGAACAAAGACAUCUACCGCACUUCUGCAUUCCAUCUUCCGUGAAAAAACUUCAAGGGCUUCAAAUGAGGAGAAUGACACUGAAAAGAUAAUCCUACAAAGAAGGUAUUGGGCAUUGGUUCUUGGAUGUCCUAGACGUUCAGGCGGGGUUGUUAAUGCUCCACUCGGUAAGGUGGUGGUUGACAAUGGAAAAUCUGAUCGAAUAACUAUCGUUGACAAUUCUGCAUUACUGUCAUCGCAACAUGCAGUUACAGAGUACCGAGUGAUUUCAUCAUCGUCUCAUGGUUUUACAUGGUUGGAGCUUUCCCCCUUAACCGGUAGAAAACACCAGCUCCGUGUCCACUGUGCUGAAGUGUUAGGUACACCGAUAGUUGGGGACUACAAGUAUGGACGGCAAGCUCAUAAGAAGUGGGGACAGUUUGAUUUCUCUAAUCUGGAGGACUCAACUGAAGAACAUCUCAAGGAAGAGGCGCUCCCUUUUGGCCUUAAUUUGAACAAGGGGAGCAUCUCAGACAAGCAUCCACGAUUACAUCUUCAUUGCAAGCAAAUAGUCUUGCCCAAUAUAUCUCAAGCACUGCAAAAUGUGCAAUCAGUAUCAGAUUCAAGUUAUGACCUUUCAGCAGUUGAAUCACUUGAGUUGGAAGCAGAUUUGCCUCCAUACAUGAAAAAGAGUUGGGAGGUGACAAAUUCUUGAGUUAUGAUCAAAGUGUAGCAGUCUUUUUAAUUCACUUGGUUUCAUCUUUGUAGCUUCUUCCGUUUGAGAUUCUGCUAUCAAUUUGAUGCCUUCAAGUGUGUUUGUAACGUAUGUUUCUUGAGAAUUCAAUUGGCAUUGCAUUUUCCAUAUGUUGAAAUGGUCAUUUCAUGAAUAAAGUGAUACUAUUUUUUUUUCUAGUUGUA